ACGUCCGAAAUUAGUUGAUAAACAAUUUGCGGUGUUUAUAAAGAUAUAAUAUUAUUUAUUGUAAUAAUAUGUCGAAAGUGAUAGAGAUUUCAGAUUCCGAGGAGGAGUCAGAAAGAAUUGAAAGUGAUCCUCUAGGGAACGCCAACCCUAUUUUGCCUACGUCAAAUAAUGUUUGCAAUACCAAAGAUUCGAUUUUGCAGGARGGAACUAUACCUUCUUGCAGUAAGUCUCCUCCUCCAUUGGUAAUUUCGGAAGUUUCGUCCUUAAAUACCUUACAAGGUGCAACGACAACAUCUACACAAAGGAGCCCGUCUACAAGUACUAGUGCGGCCAGUACUACAGCCGUAGCUAGCUCUUCAAAUCCGGCUCUACCACUACAAACUAAACGCAGUCGUCGCAAGAGUAUCCAUCAUCCUUUGUGUGUAAGCCCGGAAAUACAAUUCGAAACAAUAUCCCUAGAUGAUGAGGAAGAUAAGGCGCCAGCGAAGCCCAAAAACAAAACAAAUGCUAUCAGCGAUGGUAUACAUCAGAAUAAGGCGCCAAAAUUACAGAAACUUGCACCGAAAAUACUUAAUACUAAACCACAGGCAGAUAAACCACAGGCAGAUAAAAAUAGGGACGAUUUACCGGAUGUUUGUGYCGAGUUUCUUGCGUCAGAUGAAACUAAAGCAUUACUACAACAAAUAGCAGAGGAUCGUGUUCGCAUAAAUUUUCUACUGGCAUCAUACAAUAUGCCAGAAAUACAAUUUGCUUUGCAUACAAAGCCGGAUGUAUUGAAAUUUCAAUUAGAGGAGCGAAUAAAACAUAGAAAAAGACGGUCACUUGAAUCUUCGAAACAAAUGAAAAAACGACGUAGCUUGUUACAAAAUAACACUCGCACGGACACUUAAAAUAAGCUGAUGUUCUUAAUAUUCAUAAAUAUUUUGAUACGUAAUUAUGUAGAGAUCUUCAUAUUACAUAUAUAGUAUUGUUUUAAGACUUUAUUCAAAUAUGCACGAUUAUUAAGUUAAUUAAUAAUAAGUAAGUAAAAUUGAGAUAGUGAAAGAAAAAAAUUUACAAUAAUUGAAGCUGCAGGUAAAGAUUAUGU